GGGAGGAAGAGCUGGUCGCCCUUUAAGAGCAGCCCCAUUACAUCACUUGCCAAGAGCUUUGGGCUCUUUCAGCCAGAGCCAGAUCCACUGCUCCUGCAGCAGCACCCGUUGCCCUUAGCAACAGGCAUCUCCGUGCUGUUGCCAUGGGAACGACAGCUGGGUAGCGGGAGGGCAUCUCCUGCCUCGCACAUCUCCUACCUCACACGUCACCUGCCCUCAGGACAGGUUUGCCAGCCCUUUGGUGAGUGGUGCAAGCUGCAGCCAAAAGAUGCUGCCAAGAUGCCUGAGAGUGCCUGGAAGCUGCUUUUCUACACAAUAUCCUGGUCGUAUGGCUUCUACCUGCUCUUCUUCACUGACUACCCCUUCUUCUAUGACCCACCGUCCGUCUUUUAUGACUGGAAGAAGGGCAUGGAUGUGCCCACGGACAUCGCUAUCGCCUACCUGUUGCAGUGCAGCUUCUAUGGACACUCCAUCUAUGCCACCGCCUACAUGGACACGUGGCGCAAGGACUCCAUUGUCAUGCUGCUCCACCAUGUGGUCGCUCUGACCCUCAUAGCCUUCUCCUACGCUUUCAGGUACCACAAUGUGGGCAUCCUCGUGCUCUUCCUGCAUGAUAUUAAUGACGUGCAGCUGGAAUUCACUAAGCUCAAUGUCUACUUCAAGCACCGGGGGGGUGUCUAUCAUCGGCUCAACGACAUCAUCUCCAACAUUGGCUGCCUCACCUUCAGUGUCAGCUGGUUCUGGUUCCGUCUCUACUGGUUUCCCCUCAAGGUGCUCUACGCCACUUGCUACUCCAGCCUCCAGUCAGUUCCUAAUAUCCCCUUCUACUUCUUCUUCAAUGCUCUGCUCCUCAUCCUCACUCUGAUGAACAUCUACUGGUUUCUGUACAUUGUCCUGUUUGUGGCCAAGGUGCUGAUGGGGCAGGUGCAUGAGGUGAAUGACGUGCGCGAGUAUGACGUGGAGGACAGCAAGAAAACCACAGCAGCCAAGAAGAAAGAGAGUGGGCUCCAGCUGCCCAAUGCUCUGAAGGAAGGGAUGCACUUGAAGAACGGACUUGUGAAAGACAAGCGGUUGUGAGCGUGGCUGCUGCAGCCUGGCUGGAUCUGGGGGCUGACCCAGGACCCUAUGCUCAAUCCCAGCAAAUGAAAGGCACAAGAAGAACUUGAUCCCCAACACCCCCUUCAUCCCCUGCCUGGAGCCGGGGAAGGGAUGCCACUGAUGGAACAGCCCCCUGCCAGGCCUUGCCUGUGACCAGGCUUCACCUGAUGCUGUGUAAUUUCUGUAGCCCGUACGUGCUGGUUCAAUUGAGAGGCAGUGGUUUUGCUGGUCCAGGUAGGAUUUGGAGCUGGCUUUAGGUCCCCUGGUGCUUCCUCCAUCCCUCAGCUAUUCUCAGUCCCUUUGUGAUUUCUCCUGUUGUUUGCAUUGGUUCCUCCCCACUGCUCUGCCUCAGCAGCACUGAAGGGUCCUCUGACGCAGUGUCAAGAGAGGGCUGGGGAUGGGGGGAACGUCCUCUCCUCCAUUGGCAUUGCAGUAUCAGGCAUGGGGACCCAAAGCCAGCUCUGCUCCAGAUGCCAGCAGGCAGCAGAGAGGUAAAGCAGUGCACUUCUGGGCCUUGCUGACCUGAAGGGGCCUGUAACUCAGAGAUGUCUGUACUCCUCUGGAGGCUGUAGCAUGCAGCACAGUUCCCAUGUGCAGGUCUUCCUGGAAACCCAGCCCUAGAGCAUUAUUCUGGCCCAGGAUAAAGGCCAGGACAUCUCAUUUGCUUAAAAAGCCCAUGUAGGAGAUAUCUCGGCUUGCCCAGCAAUGUCUGCUUGCUUGAGUGAAGAGCAGUCAAUCUCUGCUCCCUGUGCUGGUUUUCCAGGCAGCACCAACCUGAGCCUGGCGGGGUCUGCGGGCUGGGCUGGGUCAUACACCUCUUUGCUGUGAUGCCCUGAAAUUGUGGCUGACCCAGCACAGAGCUCCCCCCAGCUGGAGUCAGUAGGCAGUAGUAGGAUACUGGAUGCAUCCAUUCCAGGCAUCAGAGGUUGGCUCGUAUUUUUUAUUUUAUUUCUUACUGUUUGAUCUCUUUAUGUUGAUUUGACUCCAGGACUGCCAUGUGAGCCUCAGGGAAAGUUGCAUGGUAAACUGAAAGCAAAAUGUGACUUUGGCUUGCUGGAAACUGCCAGGCUGUGGCAGGAUGCGUCACCUUGUAAUUUCCUAGCAGAGUUUCAGAGGGCUCUAUCUGUGUGCUUUAGUUUCUUGGCUUUUGAGCUGGAUUUGCAGGAAGGAGGAAAUGGAGGAAACUGAAUCUCAGAGUAUCGGUGUGCCCGGGCUCUGGCACUGCUUGGGUUGCAGCGUUUGGUGUGUGCAUGUGCCUGAGUGGCCGUGUGAGGGGACCCUGCGUGGGAAGUGGGUGCUGAUUGCUGUCUGUGCACCUGGGCUGUGCACCUGGGAGGACGGUGUGAGGUGGGAGCUGAAGGGCAGAGUUUGAAGAUGUGGUGCACUGGAAGUUAACAGCCUUUGGAGAGAAGUGUCAAACACUGUGAUUGAAGAGCUGAUUGGGGAGGAGGCAGUGAGAGAAUGCCCUGACUGACCAAUGUCUCCCCAUGUGUGGAGUGGCCGCCAGAUCCACCCUUCUUCAGGGCACAGGGAGCAGCUCUGCGUGCAUUGCCACUGCCAGGAACUUCUUGUUGGACCUCAGUGGUAUGGAGAUGCAGAAGGGAUGGGAGCUCUGAGCUGCUGUCCUGCCGCAGCCUCAAAGGGUUAACAGACCCCGGGGGGCCAUGGGGAGCUGUUCACACCCUCUGCCCAAUCCUGGGAAUCCCUGUGUGCUAAUUGAGCACUAACGAGAUCAAAGCUCCCAUCAGGCAAUCAUCACCCCCUGGCUCUGUCUUCAGUGCAGCUGGGAGUGGGUCCCCUGCACAGCACUGCUCUUUGUCUGUGGGUAGGAAAGCAGAGCGAUGUGGUGGCCUCUCCCUGCGUGUGCCAGCUUUGGAGCUGGCCUUGCCUGGGCUCUCCUUACUGUGGCUCUGGGGAUGGAUUUAAGUUUGCAGGAAAGUUUGCUGUUAAAAUCCCUGGGUCUGAGCGCAAAGCCCAGCCCCAAAAUCCCCAUCCCGGUGCCAUCUGUGCUCUGGAGGAUCUUCCAGAAGAGAAGGAGCCCUCCUGCAACAAACAGAGACCCGGUGGAUGGUUGUAGGGUGGAGGAGUUUAAUGUCCCUGGGAACAUCAUCCGUGUCUUCGCUGACCAAGGUACAGAAAUGCUGCCGUUUGGGUCCUGUCUUUUGAAAGCUCUUUUGUGGUCUGGGCUGGGAAUGGCUGGGGGAGGACAGGGCAGCAGGCAGAACUGGUUUCUGAGACCAGUCCUGGCUGUGUAUGGUCUGAUCCACAAGCAUGUUGUAGGUAAUGGUGUUAGAGUUUAGGCUCCCAGCUUUGGGUGGAGGCAGAUGCUCAGCUGUCUGGCUGGGUCCUGUCCCCCUUCUCCUUCUGGUCCUCCUGCCUCGGGCUACUCACACAGCACAGCUGGCCCCCAAGCCUGGGGCUUCUCUGAGCCAUUCCGUUCCUUGGGAGCUGCUUUGUCAGUGCUGUCCACAUCUCAAGGCACUAUUAGGUUCUGUUGAGCUCGGGUUUCCAGUGGAAAUCUAGGGCUGGCUUUCCCAGGCAGCUUGUCAGUUCAGUCAGUUUGCUGCUAUGUGCCCUCCUUGCCCUCCAUCCCCUAACAACACCGCUGUCCUGGGGGAGACGUGGACGGUUUUCUGCAGGCUGUGCUGUGGGGCUGAUGGCCCCACCCCAUGGCACUGUCAUCUCCAUCCAGCAGCUGUGGAUGUGUUGAGCUGUGUCUGUCUCUGCUCUGCCCAUCUUCCUCUUGGUGUGCAGCCAGGAGCUUGGUUGAAUACUGGGAGGCUGAUCCUGCUCGACUUAAGGGGGGUUCAGACACCACCGCCUCUAUUUCUUCUUCUCCAUCAGGCCGCUUCAUUCAUAGCACGCAGCCCCAUCCGCUGCUGUGUCUGCAGAAGCGUCUGUACUUUAACCUCUCUGUGCUGGAGGAGGAUGAGCGCCUGACCAUGGCUCAGCUGGAGAUCAAAUUCAGCCACAAUUCGUACCACAGCCCCGGCCGGGGGGGGGGCUUCGAGCUGAGGCUGUACCGCAGCUGCCCGGUGCCGCUGAGGGGGACGCCCUCCCUGGAGCGAGGCCGCAAGCUGCUGCUGGAGCAGUCCUUUGCCCGCCUGCACAAGUCUCUGCUCUUCAACCUGAGCGACGUGGCAAAGGACUGGACAACUCACAGCAGGAACCUGGGCUUGGUCCUGGAGAUCGCGGUGAGCGGAGACGGAGCCUCAGCCCCGGGGAGCACGGGGCCACAGAGCCCCUGUGCCGGCAUCGACUCUUUCAUGGAUACCUCUCUCCUGGUGGUGACUCUCAGCCAGCAGCAGUGCAGGGCCUCCAGGAGGAGGAGGAGUGCUUACAACGUCCCCGUCACACCGAGCAACCUCUGCAAGCCCCGGCGCCUUUACAUCAGCUUCAGUGACGUUGGCUGGGAGAAUUGGAUCAUCGCCCCGCAGGGCUACAUGGCCAACUACUGCCUGGGCGAGUGCCCCUUCCCCCUCACAGCUGAGCUCAACAGCACCAACCACGCCAUCCUGCAGACCAUGGUGCACUCACUGGACCCCGAGGGGACGCCCCAGCCCUGCUGCGUCCCCGUCAGGCUGUCCCCCAUCUCCAUCCUCUACUAUGACAACAGUGACAACGUGGUGCUGAGGCACUACGAGGACAUGGUGGUGGAUGAGUGUGGCUGCAGAUAGCGGAGUGGAUGUGGGUAUGUGCUGUGGGGUCCCCGUGUGGCACACGGAAUGAUGGAUGGAAUAAAUCCAAGUGUGACAAA